GAAAAGGAGACAGCAGAUAAAGGCUUUUUUUUUUUUUUUGAAUGUAGAUGUGAAUAGUUAUCAUAAAAAUAGAAGACACUUAAAAACACCACACAAUAUUAAUACAGAGUUUUUCAUUUAUUACUAUGCUUUUUUCCACUGAAGUUUCAUUUCAGCCUCUGUUACCCAAGAAAAUUUCAAGGAAAUGACCUUCUUCCAUGCUCAGAAAAACUAUUCCUAAAAACUAAUACUAAUUAUUCAUCCGUGAUGACAAGUGUGUGUAGGAGAAGAUGGGAGGAAGCUCCGAUUAGUAUCUCUGCUGUUCUCAUGCUAAUAACAUCAAGUUGGAUUAUCGGAAGCAACCCUGGAAAGAGUAACCAUUGACUGGCAGCGGCAAAAGAAGAACACAUGGACGACUGCACGGGUCUUAGCUGUUAAACAGACCUGUGAUCAACUGAUAACAGCAACGCCUAUCCCGCUGAAGACAUGCAUUUUCAGUUACACGUUAGCCAUUGCUGAAUUUGACAGAAUGUCUGGUGGACUUUGUAACUGUUUUCUCCUGCGAAGACAAAGUACCCCUCAACGCAGCAUGACAAGGACAAAAGACACCUGCACACAAUCCCGUGAAGCACUGAUGUCACAAGAUCUGGUUUACCAGGAAAUUUCAGUCAGUUCUCUUCCUGAGCAGCCAAAUCUGGAUCAGGUUGCAAACAGUAAAACAGAUGCAUUUAUAUCUAAUUUUUCAGCCUUCCAUACCUCCAGACUGGUAAGUGAUGACCAAGGCAUGCCAAAGCCACUGCCAGCAGAGAAGUCAGGUGAAAGGAGGAACAACAAGACACUAGCACGAGAAAUGAAGACACGUCUUAGUCUAUUACUGCAAAGAAUUGAUACAUCUUCUGACCAAACAAACUCUCUAGAGGAAGAGGAGGAACAUGUGAACAGGAUUAUGACCAGACCAUCAUUGGAGGAAGUCUUAGAAUGGAGUCGAUCUCUCGAUGCCCUUUUAACCCAUGGGCAUGGACUAUCUGCAUUUCGUAAUUUUCUACAGACAGAAUUCAGUGAAGAGAACAUUGAGUUCUGGGUUGCAUGUGAGGACUUCAAAAAGACAAAGAUGUCUGCAAAAAUUGCUCCCAAAGCCCACAACAUUUUUACAGAAUUUAUUGGAAUUCAGGCUCCCAAAGAGAUAAACUUGGACUCGCAUACCAGAGAGCAGAUCAUCGCGGAUUUGAAAAGCCCCACCUUGUCAUGUUUCGAUGUGGCACAAAAGCGAAUUUACAGCCUUAUGGAAAAGGAUUCAUAUCCACGAUUCCUGAAAUCCCAGAUGUACCUAGACCUGGCACAGCAAACACACUGAAAAAAAUGUCGCUGAUGCUCCUUGCAUCCACAAGUGGCCUUCACUGCUGGCUGAACAAAGUACAUUUCUUGAAAUGAAUGACACAGUUGCCAACACCAAAGGACAAGUCUAAAAGAGUAAACUUAUAUCUAUCAAGUCCACUGAACUAACUUCCAAAAAAUCUACAUGACAGACAGGUUUCAUGCCAAAAGGAAAGAACCUUGCUUUUGACCUUUGUUCAUAUAUUAGCAGCAGGAUAACUGGAACAGAUACAUGAGGAUUAAUGCCGAUACAGAGAAUACACUAAAUAAACAAAGUCAAAUAACAAUCAUUAAAACAAACAGUCUCAAACAGUGCUCAACAAGACAUUCUGAAGAUAAAGUCAAGUUCCCAGAAGUCUGACAUGGUCAUACUAACGUACUAGUAACCUAACACAGCUAGCAAUGAUCCAGACCGCAUUUCCUAAAAUCUUUCACAAAGGGUGACUACCACAGUCAGCCAUGUUUAGUACUAACAGUAGCAAUAGCUUUAUGCCACCUGUAGCCAAUAGAAGUUUCUGGAAUGUGAGUAGUGAAACCCAAUGACAAAAGAAAAGGCACUUAUAAUGGCAACUAAUACUGAUUUUGCCGUGUAAAAGCUGACUAUGUAAGGCAAAGGUGAUCUGUAACACAACCUCUGAAGUUCAAGCUUGGAACAAUGACAACUGCUAAAUUAUGAUGUAGCCAAGAAUUACAAUGCAUUGCAAAAGUGCUAGUUAGUGGUGAAACCAGUGUACCUAACAGUGAUGUCAUAGGUUGAACCACUGUGCAACCUGAAGAGCCAGAAACUAAAUAAUCUGCAAAAUAGUGGCCAGUGACCAAUCCAGGGCCCUGUUACUUGUGAAUAAUAUAGCCAGUGACCAAUCCAGGGCCCUGUUACUUGUCAAUAACAGGAAACCUGCAAUGCAGCUGUGAGGACAGACACUGGCCAAAUGUAUAUGGAACAACAAUAGUUAGUAAUAAAAUGGUGUGCAAUAAAGAGCAGACAAUGAACAAAAGUAUCUGCAACAAUAAUGUAUAGUGAUUAAUGUAGUGUGCAAUAAAGGCAUCUUUGAGCAAACACUUCUGCAAAAGUAAUAAACAGAUACAUAGUGAUCAAACCAAUGUGUAAUCAAGGCAGUGACUGAACAAAUGUAUAUCUAACAAUAAUAACCAGUAACUAAAUUAGUGCAUAAUAAAGUCAUUGACUUAAGACAUGUCUCUCUGAUAAUA